AUGACAGAAAUCUUCUUCCAAUCCGCCCUCGCGGCUUCCAAAUCUCAAAAGCUCGCCGCCGACGCCGCCAAGAUUAAAUCCUCCUGCCUUGAAUCUCACUCUCACCAACAUCAACACUCAGACACCCCCUCCCUUCUCUCAUGUCCACCCUGUUACGAAUCCCUCCUCGAUGCCCUCCGCGCCCGCUACCUGGGCGCAACCUUCAUCAAAUCAACCACUGAAACUGCCGACCCCUCAACAUCAGCUACAUCUUCCUCACGAGGUGUAGCAGCAACAGAAGAAGGAGAAAAAGAAGAAAAAGAAUGGUUCUCCCCCCGCCGCCCGUUUCUCUCUGACCUCGCCGCGCUCAUCGACUCCGCACGGGAGUACCAGGUCUCGCCGCAGGCGAUAGACGAACGGAUUCGGGCGGAGCGCGCGCGCUGGUAUGCCGAGCGGGUGCGCGGUUCGUUGCUGAGGCUGCUCGUGGAGGAUCCGUCGGGACGUGGUGAGGUGUUUGAGAAGUUGGAAGAUUUAGCCGCGGGGAUGGCGACGGCUGCGGCUGCUCCUUCGGGGCCUGGGGGCAGUGGGCAGGGUGGUGUGGGGGAUCCCAUCCGGUUGGCAGAGGAAAUAGCUGAACGACUGCGGGCUGGUCCGCUGGCGCCAUAUGAAGGCAGCGCGACGGUAGGAGAGAGGUUAGCCUCUGUCACGGACCCGUCCGAACGCGCCGAAGUGUUGAAGCAAGCUUUCUUCGCCAACGAAGACAACAGCACCGUGCCAGCUGACCACCAAAAAUACUUCUCCCUCCUCCUUCACGGCGGCCUCUCCAUGGACAAAGUCGUCGACCGCAUCCUCGAAGACAGACAAGCCGCCGCCGGGGCGCGCGAGCAAACAGACAAGCUAAACCAGCGGCUGGACGAGUUACGUCGUGCGCGGGCCGCGCAUGAGCUGCAAAAGUCACGGAAAGCGCAACGGCGCGAGAGUCUGGCGCAACAGAGAGUGCCGGAGGAGUUGUAUAACUUGCCGGCGUGCGCGGUGUGCGGAGAGUUGCCGGGGACGAGGGAGUUUUUUGUGUGUAGCGUGUGUGUGAUUCUGGCGGAGAAGGGAGUUUUGGAGCGGCCGACGGUGUGGUGCUCGGGGGAGUGUGAGGAGAGGGGUCACGCCUCCCAUACCGAACAAGCCCACCUCUGCGCCUCUGCCUCCCAUUGCCUCCAGCUCCAUCAACAUCCCGACCAACCACACUCCUCUCCUCUAGAUGUACACUUCUGCGCCGAGUGCCUUACCACCCUGAAACAACCCACGCUCUACUGCACCCUCGCCUGCGCAGAUGCCGACUUUCAACACCACCGCGAGGAAGUACACCUGCCCGAGCGGAGGAACCUGGGCUUGCCCAUGGACGAGGACGAGGACCAGCUGGAGUAUCUUGACGACCAUGACCACGACAAUGACACCAACAUGACCGACGGGGAUCACAAUCCAGAGCAGCAGCAGAGAAAGCAGUACCGCGCGAGGGAUAUUACCGCGGUAAUGACUUCACUAGAGGAGGCGGUAAAGGAAUGGGAGGGGAGGAAUAGAGUCCGGAUGCAAUAA